CGCGGUUGCUUGCAAAAUGUGUUCUGUGCCUCAAGUCGUUUAACCGACAAAUUUACCUAGCUUGUUUAUUGAAAGUGUUUGUGGUUUAAUCUUCAAAAAAUACUGUUUACUCUUCGAGAAACUAUUAAUUAAUUAAUCAAAAACCCUUGAACAUGUCACGAUCGGUAUUUCCGAGACACGUGUUUAAAGAAUGAUGGAGGCAAGGUAAAAUUCGCAAUGGCAGACAGAAGUUCGCAUUUUUCGGCUCCAGACCAGACUGGCCAUGAAUAUGAAUCUCUCAGCAGAAUUGGUUCAGGAGCAUACGGGACUGUAUACAAAGCCAAAGACAAAAGGACCAAUAGGGUUGUGGCCUUAAAGAAGGUAUGCGUGGCCCUGACUGAAGAUGGCAUUCCAAUGAACACCCUUAGAGAAAUAGGACUACUCAAGCAGCUCAACGCUCACGAGCAUCCAAACAUAGUGAGACUACUGGAUAUCUGCUACGGACACCGAACCGGCAAAGAACUCAUCAUGUAUUUAGUUUUUGAGCAUGUCGAACAGGAUUUGGGUUCCUACAUUGAAAGAAACCCCAGAGGGUUUAACACGAUCCAAAUAAAAAACCUAUCUAGAGAGAUUCUAAAUGGCGUCGACUUCUUGCACAGCAAUAGAAUAGUACACAGAGAUCUUAAGCCACAAAAUUUACUCGUCACAUUUGAUGGGCAUAUUAAGUUGGCCGACUUCGGUCUAGCCAAAACAUAUGAUUUUGACAUGAAGUUAACUUCCGUGGUUGUAACUCUUUGGUACAGAGCACCUGAAGUCCUUUUAGGACUUCCCUAUGCCACCCCUGUUGACGUUUGGUCCAUAGGUUGUAUAAUAGUGGAGUUAUACAACUUAACUCCACUGUUUUGUGGGACUUCAGAGGGAGAUCAAUUAACUACAAUAUUUAGGGAGUUGGGUAGACCCUCGGAAACAGACUGGCCUAAAGACAACAUUUCCAUAAAAUGGGAAAGCUUUAGAAGCAUUGAUUCCACAGGAUACAUGCAUAAUUUCUCAGGCAAUAUUUGUGAGACUGCUAAAGAUCUUAUAAUGAGGAUGUUAACCUUUGAUCCUAUCAAAAGAAUAAGCGCUAUGGAGGCUUUGAAUCAUACUUACUUUACAGAAGAACCAAUUAAUACAUAAUUUUAAACACAAUUGUUUUAAAAACAUUAUUUACAUAUCGUUUAUAGAUUAAGAAUUGGAAGUAAUAAACUUUUUAUAGUCCA